AUGGCGAAGAAGGGGAAGACGGCCGUGAUCCUCAACGUGUACGACCUCAUGGAGGCGAAUGCGUACACCCAUGGCCUCGGCCUUGGGGCCUUCCACUCGGGCGUCGAUAUCGCCGGCGACGAGUACUCGUUCGCCGGCGGCGCAGGCAUCUUCACGUGCCGGCCCAAGCAGGCCGACGGCGCCGUCUUCCGCGAGUCCAUUCCCAUGGGCUACUUUGAAGGCUCGUCCAACGACGCUCGACAAGUCCUCGACGAGCUGCGGUCCGAGUUUCAAGGCCAUCAGUACAACCUCCUGACAAAGAACUGCAACACAUUUUCCAACGAGCUUUGUCUACGACUCCUUGGCGUUCCGAUUCCAGCUUACGUGAACCGCAUGGCGUACCUCGGGUCGUUCUUGAGCUGUCUCUUGCCGCGCGAGCUCACAGGUCAAGCGCCAGUCGAGGCCGACUCGACACCUACAACCGCCAACACCCCGCGGGCCUCGUACACGUCGUUUGGCGGCUCGGGCAUCUCGCUCCGUGGCACUGCACCCAGCACCGACACGGACGAAGACAUGGAGGUGCGCCGAGAGAAGCGACGCCUUGCUGCCAUGCGCCGCAUUGAGCUCAUGCAGGAAAGCUCCUGAGGGUUCUAUUAAACUACUCACAACGUCAUCUCGACGAUGCCCCAUCUACAGUCUACGUAGUCGUCUGCAGGUCGGCGUUUGGCUUCGA